UAAUGCCGAGCUCCUCCUCUUUCAGGCCCUCUUUCGGAACGGGACUCUUUCGAGCUCGCGUCGUAGUUUGAUCAAUUUCCUUCGUUCGUGAGUUUUUGGGUGGAUUUCAAUUUCGCAAUGGCUCCCACUACUAAGAAGCCCCACACCUCCAGGAACAAGCCCGUGGUGAGGGGAGUCGGGAGACACUCUCGCUCCGCAAUGUACCACAAGAGGGGUGUGUGGGCUAUCAAGGCCAAGCACGGUGGUUCGUUCCCGACGACUGCGAAGGCUGUGGUCGAAGCCCCUAAGGAAUUGAGGGCCCCCAAGUUUUACCCCGCCGAUGACGUGAAGACUCCUCUUCACAAGAACAAGAUCAUCAACCCACCCAAGUUGAGGGCAAGCAUCACCCCUGGAACCGUCUUGAUAUUGUUGGCUGGACACUUCAAGGGCAAGAGAGUGGUGUUUUUGAAGCAGCUCGAAUCUGGACUUCUGUUGGUGACUGGUCCGUUCAAGGUGAACGGUGUUCCCUUGAGACGUGUAAACCAGGCCUACGUCAUUUCUACUUCCACGAAGGUAGAUAUCAGCUCCGUGGACUUGAAGAAGUUCACCGACGUGUACUUCAAGAGGGAGGUAGAGAAGAAGAAGAAGUCAGAGGGCCAGUUCUUUGAGGCUGAGAAAGAGUCGGAGGAGAAGCAAUUGCCCGCUGAGAGGAAGGAAGACCAGAAGGCAGUCGAUGCCCAACUACUCCCCCUUAUUGAGAAGAUUCCCGACAUGAAAUCCUAUCUGGGCGCAAGAUUUAGCUUGAAGUCAGGUGUAAAGCCCCACGAAUUGGUGUUUUAAGGUGGGAAGUUUCCCGGUCCUUACAUUAAUAGGGAAAAUGGAAAUUUUGCGACACGAGAUUGUCCUUCGGCAGGACUCUGGGUAGAGAGACUUGUUGUGUAUGUUAUUGCUACUAGGCGCAUAACAGAGAAUGAAUGUCUCCAGCUCUAUAGAUGAUUCUGACAUCGCACUCGUCAUCGUUAUUUUUGUGCUGGACUCUCCAAAUCUAGGCUCAUCCCUAAAAUUGUGUUCUUUUGGAAUACCGUCAGAUUUCUGUACCCACUUCACGAAUUUAAAAUAGACUGUCACUAUUUUUUGCCCUGUUGACCGUCAUCGAUGACUAGCACUGAGUUUUCUACUUAUGAAUGUUGUAAGAUGGACUUGAGGCCAGCUCACCUGGGAGAGCAGGGAAGUCAAAAUGGGCCAGCUCGGACUUGUGGGCUUGUAUAAACCUCCCAAGGAACGCGGUAGCAAUGUUACUUGCCUCUGUCAUGAGAUGACCCUCUAUUCGUAUAAAGGUAUCGCCUGUGAAAAUGAGUUGCUUUUCG